GCGGAGCGGGCGCGAGAAACUGGAACUUACCGAAGUUUCCUGUCACUGAGACGCUGCUGCGCCCCGUACUCGCCCGAUCCCCUGACCCGGAGCCCCCGAGCUGAGCCCCCCCCAAGGACACCGACACCCCGGGACACCAGGCUAGUCAGUGACGAGCUGGCAGGACUUCUUCACAGCUGUGACCUCAAGCGUUCCAUCAUAUCCUCGGAGUAACCGACCAGAGUCGGAGCAGGAAGAUGGAGGCUCAGAAGAAGGUAACCAUCUCAGAAGACACUUGCAAGCACCUUCAUGGUUGUCUGAAUGAGCUUAAUGACCUUCUCAUUAGGAAAUUCAACUGUUCCAUUGAGCUGAAGGGACCCAAACCUGGGACUUCUGCAGCUGUGGUAGAAAAGCCGCUGACGGUUUAUGAGAAGAGAUUUUUUCAGAAGAAAGUAUUGGUCAGCGUGUGGAAAGAUGACAUGACCAGGCAGAAUGUGGAUACUGUGGUGAACGCGGCAAAUGACAAGCUGGAUCAUAUUGGGGGCUUGGCUUUGGCCUUGGCGAACGCUGGAGGACCACGGAUUACUCAAGAGAGUAAAGAUCAUAUUUAUAGAUACGGCAAGUUAAAUGCUGGAGACAUCGCUGUGACGAGUGGAGGAAACCUGCCCUGUAGAGCGAUUAUCCAUGCAGUGGGGCCCAUGUGGUACAGCGGGACCGCACAGAAAUGUGAAUAUGAGCUGCAGAAAGUAAUUAAGGAAGUCCUAGACUACGUCAAUAAGCAUAAAGACCUCACAUCAGUGGCCAUCCCAGCCAUCAGCUCGGGGAUCUUCGGCUUUCCUCUUGACCUUUGUGCACAGAUUAUCGUGGACACGGUCCGUGCAUUCAUUUUCAAUGCGGCUGGUGAUCACAUGAAAGAGAUCCGGCUUGUAAACCACGAUGAUAAGACCGUACAAGCAAUGAAGUCUGCCUGUGAACAAAAGCUUGGCCCAAGUGAUCCCCUCAGUGGUGCAACAUCAGUUUCCCCUUACCCGACAUCAUCUCACGCUAAUCAGAUAUCGCACCAACCUGAGACACCUUCACGCAGAGCGCCUGCUCCAAAUACACCUCAACCCAUAGCGAUCAACGGCCUCAACCUACACCUAAAAUAUGGGCUGAUCGAGGAAGAAAAGACUACAGUUAUUGUGAACUCAGUCGCCUCAAAUCUAGAUCUAACCAACGGGGAGAUUACAAAGGCAAUUCUCAGAAAAGCUGGUCAGUCCAUACAGGAUGAAAUCAGACGUAAAAGGAGCUACAGUGCCACAAUGAUCCCGACCAGGGGUUACAACCUGCUCUGUGACUUUGUGUAUAAUGUGAUAUUACAGCAGUCUUACGCUCAGAGCUCUGACCAUGUUCUGAGCCAAGUGACCGAAGAGUGUCUGACCACAGCGCAGAAAUACGGUUCUCCUUCCAUCUCGUUUCCGGCUCUGGGAACUGGGAAUAUCGGGCUGUCCAGGCAGACUGCGGCGAAAGUCAUGACACAGGCUGUCGUCAACUUCGCCAGGAAGUCCCGCAGCAACAUGAACGUGUAUUUUGUCAUUUACCCCAAAGAUAAAGAUACAUUUAAGGCGUUUGAAGAAGAAUUUUCUCGGGUCAACUCUGGUAAGAAUACGGAGAACAGAGCGGAGGGGAGAGGGUUGGAGAAUUGGGAGAAGAAGAAACAUUUUGCAGAUGAUGAAACGUGUUUGCUCAUUGGUGGACCGCACAUGGAGGAUAUUGAAGCAGCUGCAGCCUUUCUGGACAAUGUGGUCCACUCUCAGCCCGUGGUCAUAAGAAAUAACCACAUAAUCCUCUUUGGCAUUAAGGAACAUGACGUUUUUGCAUCUCCUGAUUUCCCAAAUGUCUCCAUACACGAAGAACUGGAAAAUGGGGCAGCUACUCUGAAGAUUGAGGGUCCUCCAGAGAAAAGGGUGAAGGCGGCCGUACUGGUGGAGCGUCUUCUCUUAGAUGCUCAGGAGAAACACGCUGAAACGCUGGAGGAGGAGCUGGUGGAGGCCGCCGUGAUUUGGUCCUAUGAAAAUAAAACUGGGAGUUACAGAUACUCUGCAAAAGCAAACAGAGAAAUAGAGAGAGCCUACGUAACGCAAAGCAGCUCACCGCUGGAAGUCGAGCCCGGUCAUGUUAUAGACAUCAAGAAUCGCACUGCAGACAGUAAGGACGGAACAUGGCAGCUCUUAAGACGGUGUAUCCGUGAAGAUUCCAAAAGUGGGCCCAAGGCACCUCGGUCUGGAGCGUGGCUGUCGGUGACCGAGGUGGUGAAAGAAAGCAGCCAGGAGUUUAACGACCGGAGCAAUGAGUUCAGGAAAGCCAGUCUUACGUUAGUCAAGAUGGAGAAAGUGCAGAACCAGCUCUUAUCGACUGUUUACGAAUCGAAGAAGGAAGCCAUAGAGAAGACGCUGAAGAAGCCGAGCACCCAACUUUUGUACCAGCUAGUGGACAGAGGGGUUCGGAAGCAGAUUUGUGAUGUUGGGUUCCAAAGACUGUAUGUGAGUCCUAACGUGCCAGACUGCGGAGUCGGAAUUUACUUCAAGAAAACGCUGUCUAACAUAGUGAGACGUUUUAAAGCCUCAGAUGAAAAGGGCCUGAUCUACAUAAUCCAGGCUGAAGUUCUGACCGGCACCUCCGCCAAAGUCUCGCACAAGCAGCCAGUAACCCCUUUGCCGACUAAUGACAAACUGGAGCCGUAUGAUAGUUUGACAGACAAUAGUCUAACACCAGAACACUGCAUCAUAUUUAACUGUUUUCAUGCAAGGCCCGUGUAUCUGUUCACCUGCAAAUGCAGUGAUGCAGGGAGAGGGUAGCAGGUGGGGUGUCCGGUGGGGUUAUGGUCACCUAGACACGCACACACAGGAUGUUUAGUUAAAUGUAAGAUUACAGAACACUAAACAAGUAUUCUUCGUGUAUACCCACAUAACCUGCAUUCAUAGGUCCUGCGUUGCUGGUCGUUUAGCCUGGAAACAAUUAUUAAAAAUAUAUCUAUAAAGACAAAGUUCAUUGUAGACCGAGGGGGUGAUUCAGACCUGAUCAGUUUCUCCGACAUGCGGGGAGACGCCCAGCACAGGGCUAGACCGCCCCACAUGUCAGGCCCUGGCCCCCCAUGUUUUCGCAACCCCCCCAAGUAGAUCCCUGCCACGUCCUGGGUCACAGUGGCUGUGUGUGAUGUCACGCAGCUGCUGCGGCCCGCCUCCACAACGGUCCAGACACGCCUGCGUUGUCCGGACUGCGCCCCACCAACGGCGUUCUAACGCCGUCGGCACGCCUUCUCCCACCUCUGCUUGUCAAUCAGGCAGAGGCGAUCGCAGUCCCGAGAUGCUUUUAGCAUCUCACGGGCUUCAGACCGCGAUCGCUGACGUUGCAGCGAUCUGGUCUGAAUUAGGCCCUGAGUCCAGACAUAUUUCUGCAGCGCAGGAGUGUAAUACCGUGGAGGGGGUACCCGGGACCCUCCCCGCCAAUCGUGUCUUAUACUAUGGUGUGCCUUACGGUCAUCUCGCUGUAUUAGCAGUUGGGUGACUUGUUUUAUAACAUUUCUUUGCUUUUGUAGUAACUGCGGCUAAAAUGACAGCACAUUGCUCACAUAGAGGUGGCAGAAGUUAUAGGGAAGGAUGUGUAGUUAAUUUUUUUAAAAACAAAUUGUUUUACUGCCAUACUUUGAAUGAACAGCUUCUAUUAUGCUGAGAUCUAAUAAAAAUUAAACUACAAGUAAAUGGUAAA